AUGGCGAUCCAAACCAUCCUCUCGGGCCUAACCACCCUCGCCCUCACCCCGACACAACUCGCAGCACUCCUUUCCCUCCUCUGGCUCCUCUACGCCCUCCAGCUCGGCGUCCGCCGCCUCUACUUCAGCCCCAUCUCCCACGUCCCGGGUCCGCGCCUCGCGGCGCUGACGCAGCUGUACGAGUUCUACUACGACAUUGUCCUCGGCGGGCAGUACACGUUCAAGAUUAUCGAGCUGCACCGGCGGUACGGGCCCGUGGUGCGGAUUAGUCCGUGGGAGGUGCACGUCGGCGACCCGGAGUUCUUUUCGGAGCUGUAUACGGGACCGGGGAGGGUCAGGGAGAAGUGGGGGUUUUAUACGCAGCAGUUCGGGUCCCCUGAGAGCGCGCUGGCGACUGUGAACCAUGAUCACCACAAACUUCGGCGCGCGGCGCUGAACCCUUUCUUCUCGACGCAGACGGUCCGCAAGUUGCAGCCUGUUAUCGAGGAACGGGUCGAUGCGCUGCUUGACCGUCUUCUGGAAUUUAGCGAGAGGUCCAAGGAGCCGUUGGACGUCAUGUAUCCCUUUUCGGCCUUUACUAAUGAUGUUAUUAACGAAUAUAGCUUCGCCAGGAGUGACCACCUAAUCGAGGACGAGACGUUCGGCAAGGUGGUGACGGAUAACCUCCUCAUGGGUACGCAUCUGGGGCCCAUGAUCAAGCAUAUGAACUGGGCCCUGACGCUGGUCAACGGAUUACCAGAAUCAUUUUCCGGGCGUUUCGUUCCCGGCUGGGGCGGCUUCCUCAAGAUGAAGAACGACAUCAAGGACCAAAUCGGCGAGAUCAAAGCCACGCAGCACACGGAAAAGUGGCAGCUGGACGUCAGCCACCCGACAAUCUUCCACGACAUGCUCUCCUCCAAGCUCCUGCCGCCCGCCGAGAAGACGGUUUCGCGGCUCGCGCAGGACGGACAGAUUUUGGUGCAGGGCGGCACGCUCACGACGUCGUGGACGCUGUCCCUGGCCGUGUUCCACCUCAUCAACCGGCCCUCGACGCUGCGCCGGCUGCGCGACGAGCUGUUCUCCGCGAUCCCGGACCGCGAUGCCGUGGUGCCGCUCGCGGAGCUGGAGAACCUGCCAUACCUGCGGGGUGUCGUCAAGGAGGCGCUGCGGCUCGGAUUCGGGACGAGUUCGCGGCUGGCGAGGGUGUGCCCCGACGAGACGCUGGUGUAUCACGACAAGAACGGCAGUGGCAGGAGCGUGCACCUCCCGCCGGGGACGGUGAUUGGGAUGAGCACGUACAAGACGCAGACGGAUCCGCGCAUUUACUAUGACCCGUUUGGGUUCCAUCCGGAGCGGUGGGUGGAGGACGGCGAGCGGCUGGAGAAGUAUUUGACCGUGUUUUGCGGGGGCACGCGGGUGUGUCUCGGGAUGGCGCUAGCGCAGGCCGAGUUGUAUCUCAUGCUCGCGAAGCUAUUCCGGCGGUGGGGCGGAGCGGGCGUCGUGGACGGUAGUGGAAAGGAAGGAGAGGACCGGCGGGCGGGUGAUGUUGGUGUGCUCAGGAUCUUUGAGACGACGGUGAGAGACUGUGAGAUGGCUGCGGACUAUUUUAUUCCAAUCCCUUAUAAGGAAUCCAAGGGGAUCCGCGUGAUGUUUGACAGACAGCACUGA